AUGGAUAUUGUCUAUCUUUUUGUAACAGUACCAGAAUAUAGAUAUCAACAAAGACAACAACAAAUUCAAGAGCAGCAGCAACAACAACAACUCUUACUCUUACAACAACAACAACAACAACAAGACGAACAAGAACAAUGUUGUGAGAGUAUAGAGAUUGAGACAUCAUUUUUACCAUCGACACCAACCACCCUGUAUAGUACCGAAUUGGACUUUGAUAUGGACCAUCCAAAUCAAUUACCACAACCAAUCCACCAUCAUCAUCACGAUCAAGACCACCUCCUUCACCAAUCCACCUCAUCCUCAUCCUCAUCGGAGGAAAUCACGCAAGAACCAAUCCUUUCCAAAGACUGUAUGAUGUUGGAUCAUCACUCAUCGUCUAUGUAUUCCUAUUCCCAUCCAUCAAUCAUUUCAAAUGCCACUCCAACUCCUCCACUCGAGAGUUAUUCAGUUCCAUUUGUCGAUAAUGAUUCUUAUCCAAUUGUAUUUUAA